ACAAUGAAGACCACUGUGGAAUGUGCACUUAUAUUCAUUUACUACUUAAUUCCUAGUUCAUUAUUAUUUUUAUUCUUGUCAUUUUCAUCAUUAUACUGCUGCUGUAUCUUGUGUCCUGUGAAUUUGCCCAUUGUGGGAUUAAUAUCUUAACUCUUAUUACUAUGUUGUACUGGCUCUGUGGUGCUAAUGAUGAGGAAUGGGUUAUAAAUAAAAUACAUUAUUAUUGAUUAUUGCAGAUGAGAGGAGAGGAGUUAGGAAGUGAGGAAGGAGAUAAGGGUUCAGGGGUAGGAGUUAAGGGAGGAUUCAUUACCAGGAAACUAAGCUCAUGGAAACACAGGAAGUGAUGUCACAGGAGCGAGAGCUUCUGGUUGGUGGAGAGAUUCCAGGGCAGCUGCUAUAAAACAUGAAGAGACUCCAAAGAGAAGAGAAGACACACGAGAGACUGAAGAUGCAGUCCUGUGGGUCUUUGCUGUUUCUCUUCAUGAUGUUCUUCAUGUUGCUUCACUGCAACGUAGAGGGAGCCCCCCACCCAACGCGCGUAGUCCGACCCGCCUCUUGGGCUCUGAUGAGUCUGCGCUCUCCUCCUGGGGGGGCGCUGAAGGGGAAGCUGCCCCAGCUGGAGGAUCCGAGGGGGACGGACAACGAGGUGAUGGAGCCCAAAAGGAGGAGGAGCUUCUCUUGGACCAACGCCCCGCUGGACCGCAUCUCGGUGGGCGCCAUGGAAACCAAGCAGGGAGGGGCCAAGCAGAGUAAGGCAGCAGAGUUGCCACGGCGACGAGUCGGUCCGCCUCCCAUCGACCGGAUUGGAAUGAGUCGUUUCCCGAGCAGGAGAGGGUAGGCCACGCCCCCUCCCUGAGACCCCACCACACCUGUACUCAGACGUCAAUGGCUCCACCCCUCCCCACCCUGACCCCCUCGACUCUGUGGACUUAUUGAUCCGGCAGGACGUCCCGCCGAGACACGUCUCCAUGACAACAGCAACGCGUCGAGACAACGUUAGAACCACGAGAAGCUUGGUGACGUUUGUCUUUGAGCGCCUCCUAGUGGCCGUUGGAGGAAGCGCAUCUUUGAAAGACACCUAGGAGGGUCUCAGGUAUCUCACCGGUUCCUCCCCCCCUUUGGUCCAGUUACACCAGCUUCUCUAAAUGUGAUCAAUAAAAAUGAAUUUAUCUGCAGUGA